AUGGCCCAGCCACGCGCGGGGGGCUCUCCGUCACCUGCAGAAAUAUCAAACCUGCGCAACGCAACAAACCUGCGUACAGUCUCCCGCAAUGACCCUGGUGUCGCCGAGAUUCUCGACACCAGCACCUACUCGGUCAUCUACCACUAUGAUGAAGUUGCCGGCAAGUGGGCCAAGCAGAAACAGGAAGGAUCCAUCUUUGUUGUCCGCAGAACCAAAGCGCCGGAGUAUGCUCUGUUCAUGCUCAACCGCGUAACAGUCAAGAACGUCACGAUCCCACUUAUUCCCGGCGAGAUGAAGGCGACCGCUAUUGACGCAAGCAUGCUCCAGGUUGCGCGCCGUGGCGAGAAGAUUCGCUAUGGCAUUUGGUUCACCGAGGGCACGGAAGGUGUACAGCGUUUCCGUGACACGAUUGUGGGCAUUUGUGGAGAACCGUCAAAGCUGGGUGCUAGCUCUCGCGCUUCUCCUGCACCAGGACUGCUAGCUUCAACAGCCGCGAAUAUGGUUGCCUCUUCAGCAGGAGCAGCCGCACCCUCGACCGAGGACGGAUUCUCUCGUCUCUUCGCGGGCCUUACAACUAUUCCCGCCAAGGCGGCAACACCGACUUCCCCGCCCCACCAAGAACCUCAUCCUCUUCAGCUUCCCCCAGUCAAUCAGCAACCUCAGCAGUUCCUUGCAGGCCCUCCUCUUGCUCAUGUUCAGCAACAGCCCGUGUCCGACCAGCAAGCAGGCGGAUUACCUGGCAUGCCGGCGCCGUACACGCAGUUCCAGCAGUUCCCUCAACAGCCGUACCCUAUUCAGCAAUCAUAUCCUCCUCAGCAGCCAUAUCCUCCUCAGCAACAACCCUACCCUCCUCUGUAUGCCCAUCCUCAACAACCGCCUCCCGUGCCCCAACAUGAACUUGCCCCAGCUCAGCCUGUUGCCCCACCAACAGCCCCAGAGUACCCACCAGGCCAGACAGUUGAUGAUCUCCUCAUGAGCAUUCUGGGCGUGCCAGGAGGGAGCCCUGCUGGUGCUGCUGCUCGUGCACCAGUUCCUCCUCAGUCCUUGGUGCAGGCGCCUCCUCAGCCCCCCCAACCUCAGCCGCCUGUCCCGACCAUGUCUUCCCAAUCACCUCUCUCCGCCCCUGUCACCUCCUCGCCCGUUCCGAAGGGUCCCAAGGGCCCCGUCCCUCUGCAGGCUCGACGUGUCAGCCGCCCCCAGCAGACAGCUUCACCGAGGCAGAACGGCGCUUCUGGCCCCACGUCACCACCUGUCAGCUCCCAAGCUCAAAGUCAAGCUCAGUCCCAGCCUUCAGGCGUUGCCAUGCGUGAUGCCCUUGCGAACACGUUGCCAGCUGGUGCCCCUCUCGGACGUAUUCAGCUCCGCGACAUCCUUACCCACCUCCUCAGCUCGGACGAGCGGUUUGUCGAUGACGUGUGGCGCGCAUAUCUUGCCAGAAUUGGUGCCCCCCCGCCGCAGUAG